AAGCAGGCCAACACACCUGUGAAGUUAACAGACAUCUUCAAUGUGUGUCAGAGAGUUUGGUAGGACGGAUGCAACACUAAAUAAUCCUUAUUAAAGAAAUCAGGAGUGCCAUGUUACCAGAGAAUUCCUGAGGCGAGCCAAUGGCCCGAUAAAUCUGCCGGAGUCUUUCUCUCAAUUUGUCUCCAUGGAAUGUCAGCUGGCAAGCGCCCAGACACUGAGAACCUCUUUUCACAAUGCGCCAAUCUAACAGACGAGAUCCCAUGUUGAAGCUACAGUGCAAGGACUGGCAUGGAUAAAUUGCCACGUGCCUUAUCUAGGUCUCGGUACGUCUAACAGUCUGAGGUCUUGUUCCUCACAUUGACCUGAACGGCCAAGAGGAUGACAUUGACAAAAUGCAGGUGUUUCCAAAGAGGAACCCGUGAUAUGACACAGAUGCUGUGUCAACUCGUCCUACUCCGUAUGACCCACAGUGCUGUUUUGUUAUAGGCUGGGUGUCUGACCUGAAGUUGAAGCCUCUACACACAAACACACGCCGGGAGUGGAGAUGGUAGUCUGAGCUCCUGGUGCAUCUGUGAAACCAAAUGUUUUCCCUCAGUGUGUGCAGACACCAAAGCAGAAAUGCAAAGUGUCUUUGUCACCUGUGGACAGCCAAGAGCGCUAAUUUGGGCUUUUCACUAAUUGCCACGGUAACGAGCCUCCUGUGCCUCUGCUGGGGGUGGGUGUGAGGCAUGGCAGGAGAAGGAGGAGGAGGACUAGAGGAUGGAAGGAUGGAGGGAUGAAGACACAGCUCUCCUCACACACAGCCGAGGUGUGAAAGAACGCGACGGGCCAACAGAAUGCAGCCUGGAGGAGUCCAACAGCGGGGAGUGGGGGACAGCCUGCGCUGUGAAAAAGCCCCAACACCCAGCUGAGAGGGAGGAGGAUGCGGCUCUGGCCACUUUUGGUCUUUCAACUUAGAGAAGGAGAUGACUACAUUGAGUUAUGUUCUCGCUGGACAUGUUUCUGACACUGACACCUGUUGUUACCCCCACCCACUGGUGCUCACACAGUGUCCUGUUUUCUAAACUGUUCUUUUAAUAGACAAAAGGUAAAAACUCAGCAGGUACUUUCUAAAUUAGCGGUGAGAGGUUGAGGUAGGAGUAGAUGGCGAUGAUGAAAAUUAACCAGCUUUGUCAGUCUACUCCACAUAUGUGAUAUGAGAAGUGUUAUUGGAUAUUUAUUUAAGGUUUAAAAUCUAUCUAUCUAUCUAUCUAUCUAUCUAUCUAUCUAUCUAUCUAUCUAUCUAAUUUAAAAUAAUUGCAAAUGCAAAAUACAUGCACAUUAAUAAUCAAUAAUAUAUGUUAAUGCUAAAUUUUAUAUUCAAACACAUCGAUUAGUUCAAUUUAACCUAAUGGUUAUAUUUGCAAACAGUCCCUUUUCUUUAACUUACAAUAAAGGGCUUUUAUUUUUAUGGCCACAUUUUUAGAUAAAUAUCAGAUGCGUACAUUAAGAUGUGCAUCCUUUAUAUAAAUAUUCAUUGCUAUUCAUGUUUUUAUCCCCCCCUUUUUUAUGCAGGGGAAUUAAACGGGCUCCGUUAAUGUAACUCGACUCCAUCAGUGUGGUCUGUGUGCAGAACUGCAGCCUGUUCUUAUUUUCAUAUACAUUUUCUUUUCAGCAGUACACCCUGAAAGCAUGGGGGCACCUUGUCUGUACGCUGUCGUCGGGCGCGAGCUCCUUCAACUGUGUGCGUGCACGCCACAGUGUGUGUGAAAGCGCGUGUCUGCCCGCGUGCCUGUGUGUGUGUGUGUGUGAGUGAGUGAGUGAGAGAGAGAGAGCGAGAGAGCGUGUGUAUGUGUGUAUACGCGUGGCCGUGCGUGUGCGUGUGUCUGCUCUGCUGUUGCUGCCCUUUGAUCCCUGCAUUAGUGUUAGUUAGGGGCUCGGAGACACACUUGCACCGAGAGCAGCCAUAGUCAAGACACGGCAGCAAUAACAACAGCGGCGGCGGCGCCUCCUCAGCCCGUGUUCCCCUUCCCCAACAAUACACUUUAAACCGAGCAAAGCCAGGUGCACGACCGAGUCCCUGCCAUCACUGGCGCCUCCAGUCUCAAUGGGCAAAACCUUUUUUCUUCUUAUCCCCAAACAAGGACGAGAAUGUGAUUAAAAACGGGGGAAAAUGCCAAGGAGGAAGCAGGAGCAACCCAAGCGCCUGCCUUCACAUGUUGACAGCAAUGAAGAAGGAGGGCCGGAUGAAAGACCUGUGGAGGAGGAGACCUGGUUUGGUAACGCUUCUGACACACGAUCAGAGUCAUCGUCCUAUGGAGACACUCAGGAUGAAGUCCUCAUGGCUAUGGGAUCUUCACCUGAUGAGCGACUGGGAGUUAGUACUGGGUCAGGGGACCAUGAGACAUGUGGAGGCGAGAACUUGCUGGGAUGUUCAACACCUGUUCAUCGAGUUUCUUUGGAACUUCUUGGACUGGAGGGAAGUACAUUCUCAGCCCAGGACACGCUGUCCUCCGUGGUGUCAUCACUGUAUGGUGACGCUGCAUCACGUGCCCUGGGAAAACCUCUCAGCAGUAACCUACGACGCCUCCUAGAAGCGGGUUCAAGGAAACUCGACGCUGGGGAUCUUCUAGGUCGCUCACCUAGUGGAGGCACUGGGGGGGACUCUCCACCAAUCGGUCUAGUUCCACCACUGACCCUCUCCCCGUCCUCCCAUCAUGCCCACCAGUUAAGUGCUCUUGCCCGAAAAGUGGCCAAUAACAGUGGCUCAGUCUCACCCGCCUCCUUGGCACCAGCCCCCAAUAUUAAACAAGAGCCUCUUGACCCCUUUAACUCUGUUCCCUCUAGCAAUGGUGGUGGCUUUGUAUGGGCAGGUAUUUCAGAAAAGUGGCCACGGGCCAGCUGCACCACACCCUGUAGCUCCAGCCUAUCUCCAGACUCUGCAAUCCAGAAAUUAAAAGCAGCAGCAAACGCUGUACUUCAAGACAAGAAUGCUGCGGCAACAACUUCUUCCUCCUCUUCUAACUCAACCUCCUCCACAGUAUCUGCCCUAGGAGGGGGUACUAGAGGGGACGAUGUUGUGCGCUUUGAUGCCUUCAACUCUCCAUUCAGUCCACAGUCGGCUAGCUCCACCCUUGCUGCACUUUCCAAGAAAGUCAGUGAGCGGAGCCAGGCCUCGUCGACAGCAAGUGCUGCUACAGACCAUCAAACCUCAGCAAGUUCCUUUCUCUCACUGGUGUCAAUGACCUCGUCUGCUGCCUUGCUCAAAGAAGUUGCGGCUAGGGCAGCAGGAAACAUGCUGGCUGAGAAGAAGGAUGGUUCCCCAUUGGCAGUCGCUACGGUCCUCCAAGAGGACGUGAAGCCUCUGCUAGACAAGAAUCAGAAGACGUCCACGCCCUCCACACCCACCCAGAGCCUGGAGUUGCUGUUACCCUCUACUCCAAAGGCCAGGGGCAAACCCAACAGCCAAGCAGGCUCUCCGGAGGAUGGUGGCAAACCUUUUCAGUGUCCGGUGUGUGGACUUGUCAUCAAACGCAAGAGCUACUGGAAAAGACACAUGGUCAUUCACACCGGCUUAAAAAGUCACCAGUGUCCCCUGUGUCCUUUCCGCUGUGCUCGCAAAGACAAUCUCAAGUCCCACAUGAAGGUACAUCAGCACCAAGACCGUGGUGAGACAUUCCAGUGUGAACUUUGUCCUUUCACCUCGUCCCGUCACUUCAGCCUAAAACUUCACAUGCGCUGUCACCAGCACUUUCCCCGCACAGAUGUCAAGGUGAAAGAGGAGCUCACCACUGACACGGAGGGCGAAGGCUCCGUGAUGGGUGACAGUAGCUCCACAGACCUGAGGGGGCCGGAGGUGUCGCCGCUGCACUCAGACAUUCAGCAGCAGAUGUCUCCUGCGGUCGAGACUCCCUCCAAUCAUGUCUACAUCAAGGAAGAGCCCCUAGAGAGAGACCUGUCUGUGCUCUCCCCCUUCAGCAUUUGUCGGGACCGUCCCAGCAGCAGUGCCAACUCUCUUGACCUGUCUGGAAUCGGCGUUGGAGCUGGAGUCAGAUCUAGCCCUAGCGGUCCAACCACAGCGUCCCUGUUUAGCCCAGACAUCACUACCAAGACGGCUACUGACCUGCUAAUGAAGCUAUCGGGUAAGAAGAACUUACAUAUACACAUAUAUUUAUAUAAAUUAAUUUAUAUAUUAUAAAUUUAUAUAAUUAUAUAAUAAUAUAUAUAUGUACUUUAUGAGAAAAUGUUUGGAGAAAAAAGAAAUCCCAUUAAAAACUUAGUCCAUGAAGUUGAUCUGAAAGUUUAAAAUAUCCCAAACCGUCAGCCCCUUUUUCUCACCCUUUCCACUAAAACAGGCUCCAAUAAAGAUUCUUCACAAACAUGUUAUUAUACAGUGCAGCUUUUAUAGGAUAUAGUCAUUUACAGCUUUCUCAAAAUUUCUAUGAUAAACCUUCUCUGCUGUUAUAGUCUGUCCACAAACACACUGCCCUCGGGGCUGCCAGGUUCAAACCCAGUUUGGAUGGGUCUGAAGGCCUGUAGGAAGGUAAGAUUGAUGGAAAAAGGUUGACCGAGGUUUGGUGCUGAGGUCGAGGCUAUGGCUGCCACUCUCUCACUUAAUGCUGUGUAAUUAGAUUGAGAUCUUGAGUCUGGAUGGUAGGAAAAAACCCUAGGAACAUUAGAUUAAUUAAAAAUUGAUGCAUAAUUCAUAAUUAAAAAGGAAUUUAUAAUUUGAAAUGAUUAGCGCCCUCAGCGUUGUCUUGUGACCCCAGCAGGCUGCAUAGGGAAUGGGCUGGCUUAGUUGACUCCCCCUCGAUCUCGCACGCCCCAGCACCACAUGGAUGCCCCCUGGGUGUCAGUCGCACUUCAUUCCCAGACUGCCAAUUCAAGCCAAGGCAACUCCCAAAGCAGCCAAGAUGGCUCCUCACAAUGUCUGUUUAGUGUCAACUGGCGGACAUCUUAGUUCGGGCAUCAUUCAAGGACAAAGGAGUGUUUAAAAAGACAGAACAGAGUGGAAGGGCAUUUUACAAUCGGAUGAGUGCAAAGGGAGAAAUGUUCCCUUUUUAUUUACAAACUUUUCAUUUUGUUUUAUGAGAAGUCGAAUAAGGGCUUUUAAGAAACGGAGACCCUACCCAGAUUUUGAUGAGACUUCCCUGUGCCACCUAUCAGCCAGAAAGUGAGAGGUGAGGACAGUCCUCCUGGGACCUCCACACUCUAUCUCUUCCGACCUCCCUGCCAACACAGAUUGACUGUAUACAUGGGCAGCUCAUCCCUCCUGCUUUUACACUGAGACGCUUCCAUCCCACAGGACCUAUGAGCAGAAGCAGAAGGAGGAGGGAGAGGUUUGAAAAGCUGGAAUGGAACGGAUAAAAAAAAGAGAGAGGGAGAUAGAGAGAAAGUGACUCAAUGUGAGAAGAGGGAGAAAAUGGUAGAGGGAGGGAGUUGCUGUGACUUCCCCCAGGCAUAAAAAGCCGCUGAACUCUUCUUGACCUCUGACAUAAGCAUACCAUUUUUUUUUGGUGCUGCCAUGCUUUCCACUGAGUGUUUUACUGAUACCCUUUGAUUUUAUCCGUGCGUGCUGACACAACCAUCAGCUAUCCAGUGUGAGCCACAUUUUGAUUCAGAGAUGAAAGCCAUGGAGGCACUUUGAAAUGCACUGCCCCUGUGCCCAGUGGACCCUGAGUUAAUAAUGACAGUGGGCACUCCACACCCCGCAAACAGCACCCCCGCCCCCUGCUGCAGUGACACAGGAACAACAGGCUUGACCCUGACUGGGUGUGAGUAAUUGGCAUGCAGGGGGUUGUGGGAGGUGUUGCAUAUGUCACUAAGCCGAGGCAGUUGUCUUAUUUAUCUUUGCCCUCACAGACUUUGUUGCAUGGUAAACUUUUGCACCGUGAAAUGAAUGUGAAAGACUGGAUUUGGAAAAAAGUAUCUUUUAAAUGUACUAACUGUAUAAAAUGUCUACAGCAGUGGUGGCCAAAAAAUAGAUUAGGAUCUACCAAUAGACCAAGAUCAAUAACAAUAAAAUAAAUUAAUAUGAUUAUAUUUAUAAG